GGCAUUGCGCCCCCAGCGGCGGUGCUGCGGUGCUGCAGCUACUGCGCCAGGGUUAAAAAGCGGCGGGCGGCGCGCCGGGGCCACAGUGAGGGGUGUGUUUGAACAAAAGGCACAGAAAAGUUAGGAGCGGAUUUUUCCGACGUCUGACCUGCAGCAGCAUCCGUCGAGAGCAUCAUGGCAAAUAAAGCACAGCAGCCUCCUUAUCUGCACCUGGCCGAGGUCACCGCAUCUCAGUUCCUCGACAUUUGGAAACAUUUUGACACUGACGGUAAUGGCUACAUUGAGGGGAAAGAGCUGGAAAACUUCUUCAGGGAGUUGGAGAUGGCUCGGAGAGGAGCAGGGGUGGACCCUUCAAACCCCACAUUCAGAGAAAAGAUGAAGGAGUUCAUGCAGAAGUUCGACAAGAAUAAAGAUGGACGAAUUGAGAUGUCAGAGCUGGCCCAGAUUCUGCCAACUGAAGAAAACUUCUUACUGUGCUUCAGACAGUUUGUCAGCUCCAGUGCUGAGUUUAUGGCGGCAUGGCGGCGAUAUGAUACAGAUCGCAGUGGCUACAUUGAAGCAAAUGAAUUGAAGGGCUUUCUGUCAGACCUGCUGGAGAAGGCUAACAGACACUACGAUGACCAGAAGCUCCAGGAGUACACACAGACCAUUCUCAAGAUGUUUGAUCUGAAUGGAGAUGGGAAGUUGGGCCUGUCAGAGAUGGCAAGGCUUCUUCCUGUUCAGGAGAAUUUCUUGCUCAAAUUCCAGGGUGUCAAGUUGACCACUGAAGAGUUCAGUGCCAUCUUCACAUACUAUGACAAGGACGGGAAUGGCUACAUUGAUGAGCAGGAGUUGGACGCCCUGCUACGAGACCUCUACCAGAAAAACAAGAAGGAGGUGGACUUGAAGAACCUGACGGGCUACAAGCAGAGCAUCAUGAGCCUGUCUGACGGAGGGAAGCUCUACCGUGGCGAGCUGGAAAUCGUCCUCUGCAGGGAGCCAAUUGUGUGACUCUUCCUGCUCUCUUGUUGUAUAUUUUCAUUUUCUCUGCCUGCCCCGCCCUGCUCUCCUAUGACCGCACCCAUUUUCAGCUGCCUGGCAACAUAUACCAGGUGCAUGUGCCAGACACCCACCUCCAUCGUUUCCCAACCCCCUGUCGAAGUUAUAACUUCAGAAUGAAUAACAAGUGCACUGUCAGCACGCAGAAGCUCUUCUUCCUUACCCUUAUUUUCUGCUAUCUGACCUCUCAGCCCUUACCAUGACAUGCCUGAAACCUCUAGCUUUUCACCUUUUCAACUCUCCCUCAUGUCCUGAACAAUUUCCAACCUCAUCCCCACCCAUGCUGUGCUUGAACUGCAACUCUUGUCCAAAAGUCCAAUCCUAUUAUUCCACAGAAAUUACCUUUUGACCUGUUGAUAACCCCUGAACCUUGACUGAUGCUUCAUUGACCCUUCCAUUCCUUUGCUCUUUCAACUUUGCAUUAGAGACAAUAUAUAGUGGAACAAAACUGCAGACAGCUGUGUUUGAAUUCAUCUAAUUUGUAGUCUGUGAUGGAACUGGUAUUGAUUUUUCUCUAUUUGUCCCAAAGCCCAAUUGUUCCAUUGCAAUUAUUUUCAUUUUCAAUGUUUGUUUUUGGCUGAUACUGUCUAUUGAAAAUAUUAAUAAAACUGUCUUAAGAUAAAAUUAGUUUUGACAUUGUUUGAA